AUGAAGUUGACGCCUAGUACAGUGAUAGAUGCUCCCAGCUAUUACGUGGAUCAUUUUGAUGGGAAAUAUAAUGUUGAUAACUGCACUAUCCUUCGAAAUCUCAAUAUAGAGACUGAUUCAGAAUCCUUUCCUUCCAGUAUGAAACAUUUGAAAACCCCCACAAACGUAUUAGAUUUGACGAAUAAUGACCUGUUUGAGAUUCCCAAUCUUCGAAAUCGGACGGAUAUUCAUACGUUACUGUUAUCUCGAAACAGAAUAAGAAAUAUUGAUGGUCAGAGAUUGCCUAUUAAUUUGGUAAAUUUAGUACUAGCAAGCAAUGAAAUCAAAAAUUUGGCCGAUAUUAAUGGUCUUAGGAAAUGCCCCAAGACACUAAAGAAUGUAACGUUCAGAGGCAACCCCAUAUGUCAUCUAGAAGGUUAUAGAGAAUAUAUUCUUCGAUUAGUACCCAGAUUGGAUGUUCUGGAUUUUAGCAGGAUUUCAGAUAUCGAACGCAACUCAGCUAAAAAUACAGAAAUCAAAACAAAAGUAAAGGUUCCAGGGACUGAAACUGGAACCGAAAUACGAACUAGUGGUGAUAAAGCUAUUGAGAUGAUGAAUUUUGUGGUAGGAAAAAUGUCAAAAGAAAGAAGAAAAGAAUUGAAAGAGCAGCUAGCCAAGGCAACCACCUUAGAAGAGAUAUCAAGGUUGGAAAAACUACUCUCUGGUGGUGUAUAA